AUGAAACAGGUCACUCACACCAACGAUGAGCGUCAUGCCUUGAGUAGUGUCAAACAUCCGUUUCUUGCUUGGCUUUGGGUGACUUGGCAUGGACAUAUCAAGCUCACCGAUUUCGGCUUCGCGAACCUUGUUCCUCAUAAAACAUGGACUCUGUACGGGGCCCCCGAUUAUGUAGCGCCAGAAGUAAUGGCUGAUGAGUGUUACAACAAGUCUGUAGAUUGGUAA